UCAGCAAACACUUAAGGCCACAGUUCAUUCCCCUCCGUACAUUUACACAACGAUGGAGGGAUUUAUGUUUUCGCCGUACAACUUUAGUGGAUAUCCGGGCUGCGGUCCUAUUCUUCAUGGAAACCCGAAGCUCAAACCCUAUAACUUUGCAAAGAAAGGCGGCCUGUAUAUGACGCCGGAUGCCCUCGACUAUCUGGAUAUGUGCAAACGGGUUCAGCUAAAGGCCAUUCUGUCGCAGGUGAACCCCGGCCUCAUACCUCGUCACAGGACCGCUAAUACGAAGGAGUUCGGCGUUCAAGUCAACGCAAAGGUUGAUGCCAUAAUUCAGUGUUCUCUUGGACCCAAAACGCUUUUUUACCGGGAGCGGCAAAUUACUGAGUUUAGGUCGCCAGUUAAGCCGGCUCCAUUGACCCCAAACGGAAAAAAUAUUCCGAGCACGCCGGUGAACAACGUGCGCUUUUCACGACCACUCGCCAUCUACUCUCCCGUGUUUGAUCGGAGAUUUCUCACGAAAUCGAUGAAAUCGAACAAUGACAGUGCAAACCACGAAGGCGGUGAGGACGUUAGUCGCGGUAGUGAUGAAGAAGAGGCCGAAGCCGAUCAAACUAUUGAGCACGAGGGCGUUCCGGAGGAGCAGCGAAAGGAUGUCAGUAAACCCCAGCACCCGGAAUCCAAAGGAUACAACUUCCAGUUUCUGGAACAGAGGUACGGGUUCUUCCACUGCGGCAAGUGCAACAUCCGAUGGGAGAGCGCGUAUGUGUGGUGCAUCUCCGGCACCAGUAAGGUGUACUUCAAGCAGCUGUGCCGCAAGUGCCAGGAGGGGUCAAACCCAUACAGGGUGGAGGACAUCCAGUGCCAGGAGUGCUCCCAGACGCGCUGCUGCUGCGAGAGGAAACAGCGGCACAUCGAUCUGAGACGACCCCACCGCCAGGAGCUCUGCGGCCGCUGCCGGGGCAAGAGGCUGUCCUGCGACACCACCUACAGCUUCAAGUACAUCGUCUGACUUCCCAACCGGACCCCGCCCACCCCCCUGCCUGGUUGGAUGAGCCCCAGUAAGCCCCGCCUCCUUGCUCUGAACACCAGCCAAUGGUUUGACGAGGAGGAGGAGGGGGUGGUGGCCGUCUGACGUCACACUGGGGCUUGAACGAAGCACUUCCCACGUCGUGCUCGCUGUCACUGACACGGUCAGUGGCACAAGUUGCCCCGAACGACCGAUCCAGAAUCGGUGGGUCUACCUGCAAUCCCAACCAUGAUUGAUAGGUGUGAAAUAAUGGCUUUACCUGGAUCAGUUUUUAUGGGGCAACUUUGACCCUCACUAUUUUUAUCACUUGUGUCAAUCAAUGAAGUGAAUAUUUUUGUAAGAAGUAAAUAUGAAAUAAACAUUAUUGCAGCAUUA